UCCACCAUGCUGUAUACUUUAGCAGGAGGAGGCACACUCUGCGGUGUCGCCACCCUUGUACUUCUCAUUGUUUCUACGGCAACAGAUUUUUGGAUGCAGUAUCGUUACUCUGGGAGCUCAGCCAAUCAGGGGCUUUGGAGAUUCUGCAUUAACCACAAAUGCCAUGCCCACACCGUAACUGUAGCUUUCUGGGAUGCCACACGGGCCUUCAUGUUGCUGUCAGUGCUGAGCUGUUUGGCAGGUGUUGUGCUGGGCCUCAGCAUCUUCACCAACGGCACCAAGAGCAGGAGGGUGCGCACAGGCGGCAUCGCCCUGGUGCUGUCAGGUUUUCUUGCUCUGCUAGCUUUGGCAAUUUACACCGGCGUAACUGUCACUUUCUUUGGCAAACGCUUCAUGGACUGGCGCUUUUCCUGGUCCUACAUCAUUGGUUGGGUGGCCAUCAUACUGGCUUUUACAGCAGGUGUGUUACAGCUGUGUGCUUACCAAAGAAGCACUGCAGAACCUGCUCCUGCAAAUAAUGCUGACAUCUGAACAGAAUGAACACACGUAUUACCUGUUGCCAGGGACAUUGUAGUUGGUGUUAAGCACCGAGAAUGAAAUAAAGUGAAAUCAUAAACUUCUGUGUGGUUUCAAUGCAAAACAGA